AUGACUACAUGUCUAAAUUUGGAUUCUACAUCAGGUGCCUACACCAAGGGUCAUUAUAUGUUAGGCCUCUGCUUCUGGGAAGCGGGCCCUGAUCUGGGUAUUGGGCCAGCCCCUCAAUACACACUCCUCAUAUUUGCCUCUCCCAUUGGCAAUUGGUACAAGGUUUUUGAAGCAGUAAGCAAGGCUAAGGCCAAGGGGUUCACUGAUGUCCUAUUUCUGGAUGCAGCCACUGGGAAAAAUGUUGAGGUUUUUGAAGCUGUAAGCAAGGCUAUGGCCAAGGGGUUCACUGAUGUCCUAUUUCUGGAUGCAGCCACUGUGAAAAAUAUUGAGGUUUCUGUCAAACAAAGUAAGGCAGAAUACAGAAACCCUGUGAGCACAGUAGUAGGUAAGGCAGAACACAAAAACUCUGUGAGUACGGCAAUAGGUGAAGUAGAACCAAAAGCAAGUGAAGAGACAAAGGCAUCAACAUUGGGCAUGGUGAUGAAUGGUGGGGUGGGGGCAGUGGCAACAAAUAGCAAGGUAGGCGGCAACGACGAUAGCAAGGUAGACAGCGGCGGUGGGCUAGGAUUAUAG